CGCGGCAGAGGGUAGGCGAGUCUCCCGCGCCCUACCUUCCGCGGCGGGGCCGCAGCGAUCUGCUGGUUCCGAGUUCUUCUGCCAAUAAAGUUCCUGAAAACAGUCACAGUCAUUCUUAAAAGAGCAAAAGAGGGCGCGAGCCGGCUGGAGGCCCUGUCGGAGGGCUGGCGCACCGGGCGGCGGAGACAGCGGUUACACCGCGACCUGGAGGAGCGGUCGCGCCGGGCGGCGGGCGGCGGGCGGCGCGGGGACGAUUUGAGAGAGAAGAUCGGAUCACCUGGAAUUAAAUUUGGCACAGAAACCUUUUCAACUCCAAAAAUGUUGGAGGAAGAUAUGGAAGUGGCCAUAAAGAUGGUGGUUGUAGGGAAUGGCGCAGUUGGAAAAUCAAGUAUGAUUCAGCGGUAUUGCAAAGGCAUUUUUACAAAAGACUACAAGAAAACCAUUGGAGUUGAUUUUUUGGAGCGACAGAUACAAGUUAAUGAUGAAGACGUCAGGCUCAUGUUAUGGGAUACCGCAGGUCAAGAGGAGUUUGAUGCAAUAACAAAGGCCUACUAUCGAGGAGCCCAGGCUUGUGUGCUUGUAUUUUCCACCACAGACAGGGAAUCUUUUGAAGCGAUUUCCAGUUGGAGAGAGAAGGUGGUGGCUGAAGUUGGAGAUAUACCAACUGUACUUGUACAAAACAAGAUCGAUCUCCUUGAUGACUCUUGUAUAAAGAAUGAGGAAGCUGAGGCACUGGCAAAAAAGUUGAAGCUGAGAUUCUACAGGACUUCAGUGAAGGAGGAUCUGAACGUGACGGAAGUUUUUAAAUAUUUGGCUGAAAAAUAUCUUCAAAAGCUUAAACAACAAAUAGCUGAGGAUCCUGAAUCAAUGCAUUCAAGUAGUAACAAAAUUGGUGUCUUUAGCACGUCUGCUGGGAGUCACUUGGGUCAGAAUUCAAGUACCCUUAAUGGUGGAGAUGUCAUCAACCUCAGGCCCAACAGACAGAGGACCAAGAAAAACCGAAAUCCUUUUAGCAGCUGUAGCAUACCCUAAAAUGCUUCAGGGAGGAAGAAAUGAAUUGUAUUGUGCAGUAAGAUACAUCCAGCUGUCACGGUAUGUUAACACAAUUUUUUCGCAGACUUUGCACCUAAUGGCUCUCUGAAAGCUGACAGACUUAAACAGAUAGCACUGCUCUGCAGUGCUUUUCAGAAUGGAGCAAGAUCUCUGGUGGAAAAAUUACUGCCCUCUGGACUUAUUUUAAUUUUUUUACAUUAGACGAAGCUUCUCCUGUUUUUGAAGGAAUGCUAUAAGAAACAUCAAAAACAGGUUUUGCUGAAUUUGAAAUGCUGGAAAACAUAAAUGAAAUGCCUAAAUAUACUGGUACAGAUUUUAAUAUUAUGGAUCAAGGAAAGAUAGCAACCGUUCUUUCUCUGAAAUUGGUCAUCUAGCUUUUCUAGGAAGUAGUAUUGAAUCUGAAUACUGAAAAGAAUAAUAUUGAAAGGCGAACCCUAAUCUUGCCAGACUGCAUUAGUGUGUACUUUGGCAAUGUUACUUGUGCAAUAUCUGUAGAUGUGGAAUGUGGAGGUACGUGCACACGCAGAUCCCUGGUUCUGGAGUAAACAGAAGGUGUGUGCAGUGUUUAAGGAAACAUGGACUCUAACUCAUUCAUUCAUGAAACCAUUUACACAUUUAUGUGUAUGUUAUAAGUUUCUAUUUUCAAAUGAGAAAUUCUAGACAGAUAUUUUGCAAAAUGAGCUCAGAUUUUAAAAGUGCUUUUGUGCCAAAAAUACCAUACCUAAUUUUCAGUGCUUUACCAGAAUUUAUACUGUUGAUAAUCUCUUUUAAAAGCAGUUUUCCUCUCUGACAGAGUAGAUGAAAGAGUGUCUUAGUGCUAGAGCCCCUCCCAGGUGGCACUGGUUGCGUGCGGAAUCUUUUCAUGUCCCUGCACAUGCAUGGCGGGCUUGAGCUGGCGGCUGCAGGACCCCCGCCCUGUGCAGCGUGGCCGCCCUGUACCCAGUGCCUUUUGCUGUUGACAACGCAAUUCUGAACUUUUAGGAUUAUGCUAACAGUUUUUUUAAAUACACAAGAGGUGAUCUUUUGUCUUAAACCACAUUAUGGAUUUUAUAAUGCCCUGCAACUCUAAAGCAUCUUUUUGUUUACAUAUUUUUUGUAUGGUAUUUUGAGAUUAUCAUUUAAAAAUUUCUAUAAACUUCAGUUUGUAUAGCACUUUCUCAAGAGCUCUGUCAGCACCAAAUGCAAAAUAAUUUCUUUUAAUAAGUGAUUUUAACAUGUAAUCAUGUGGCAGAGCAUACAUUUUGUGACUUGGGACAGUAGCUUUCCAACUCAGAUAAUUAAUUGCAUGAACUCUGGUAAAACUGAUCAUCAUUCAUCAAUGACUUGUUUUUAACCCUUGCAAUAUACCUGGUUUUUACAGGAUUUAAAUAUAUGUAAAAAUAACUUUUCUUGGAAAAUGUGUCACAAAGUCAUUUUUCAUUAUUUCUACUAAAUGCAUAAUGUUUUAUAUAUUCCUUUUGUAUGUUUUCUCUCUCUCAUUCUUUUUUUUUUUAAGUCUUCCGUCUGCACCACCCUCAUCCCCUGUCCAGAUUAAUGUUGAAAACAUAAUAGAAUUUUGUAGGGAAUGUCUUUAAGUGGUCAGGAGUGAAGGUUUGCUUUUCAUAAUAUUGAAAUAAUCUGGCAUUAUCUAUUUCAAAGUAAUAUGUUUAUUUUUAUGUCACCAGUUGUCACCACUCCCAUUGCUGGCAGUGGGAUAGGUGUUGGGGAAAAACUCUCUUCCUAACAAUGGGUACCCGCUAGUGAUUCCCUUUUCUACUCUCUGGAAAUACAGUCCCUUUAAUUUUUGCACAAAAUAUAUUUUGCGUCAAAUAGUCUUUAGUAGCAGAAAAACCACGUUAUAUAAAAUGUUGUAGUUCUAUUUCACAUUAAUUAAAUGUGUGUGGGUAAAAGUUUGUUAUUUUUCUACAUUAAAAAAAUCUGAUGAUGGUUGCA